CACCAAUUACCUCAUUGUUAAGCACGAGUUAGGUGAUAUGAUCUCGCCAGACCCUUGAAAGUGAUUUUCAAUAUUUGCUAUUUAACUCUUAAUUGAAUUUAUUACUUGAGGUAAUUUAUCUGAGUCAAUUUACCAGUUGUAAUACUUUCAAGGCAAGGACAGAAAGUCGUAUCUAGGUGAGUUUCCUCUGAUUUAUCGUUUAUAAUCGCUUCAUCUAGCAAAGUCGAGAGUUAUCAUAUAUUCCUGGUGUUCGCAUUUUUGAUUUGCCGGUCUUUAGACAAUCACGCGGCAGUAGAUCUCGUCCUGCUAUGAAGCUUCCUGUUUUCAAGUAUCUUUCAGUCGUUGCCCUGUUUGAAACUUUUUUUUUUAAGUUUUCGCUUUCAUUACUGAUAUGCGACUUGGAUGAUUUUGCUUGCACCUGUUUAUUUAAUUGAAAUAGUUUCAUUUUUUUUAUUUUAAACAUCAUUUGUCCGGGUUUUGAAUUUGAUAUUGAUUACGUUUAAGCUAAAUAGAGACAGUAAAAAUUCUGCCAUAAUUUUCUUCAUCACUUCUCAAUCAAAGAUCUCUUGUUUCUAUUUUUCAAUGAAAAUGCUUUAUUUCAUACGACAUUAGCUUUAUGUGUUUAAUUAGACACUAAAAGAUCAAUUUCGGUCACGGAGGUAAAUUUUAGUGCUUUGAGACCUUUUAACUCAUCAGUGGUCAUAAAUGUUUUUACUUUUAAAGAAACGAUACACUCGUUUUAGUCAGCCGAUACGAAAAUCUAUGAAAAAUUUUUGCCACUCCAGCUGCUUAUGUUAUCUUUCAAUAGUCAUGACCCGUUUAGGACCACCAGUUGGUUUCUGAUUGACGUUUUCUGUUGCAAAAACUUACAUUUUCGGAAGAAAAUCAAAUCGAUCCAAUUUGAAUUCUUGAUUAUGUCCUUAUGCUAUUUAAAAGCUAAUUAUAUUCUUCAUUUCGUCAAGAAAGCCUGAAUCUUAGGUCCAUUUCAGAUGUUAUGAUUCUCCUAGGGCUUCGUAACUUCUGCCAAACGAACGCAAUUUGAGUUCAAAUUGGGUCUAAAGAGCUGCAAAAUAGAAACAUAAAGAAAGAUGUUUAAAAACAUCUUGCAUAAGCUUUGAAAGCAGGAAAAUCCCCGUCCCCCUACCAAGUUUUAUUUAAGCGAUCAGCCCCUCCAUCAAUUAAAUUAUUAUUAUUAUUAUGAGCCAAGCCAUAGAGAUUUUGUACUUAGUUCAUAUGAAACAAUCGUCCUGCGUACCGUUAGGAUCAGCAACAUCUUAAGCCUUUGUUUUGGAGAUGAGUGAGAAAUAUGAUAUAAGCAUGUUUAAAUGUUUGUCUUUGUUUUCUCCACAGCGUAAGACGUUUUGUUGAUAUUAGAAUACUGAUGAGGGUCACGUAAGAAAUCUACUUCACCAUGAGCUGUACGCGGGUUGUUUUUGUUUCCUUCGUUUAUCUGGCGGUCCUUCUUGGGCCGGUUGAGUCUGGUGGAAAAUUUAUGCUGAAAAAGAACAACGAUGGAACAUAUCUGCUUGUACCAGCGCCUGCCAACGCCAGUACAGAAUCGACUGUAGAUCUUAACAACCUUCCUCCCAUUGCAGUGGCGAGUAGUACCCCUAUGGAGGCCCCUGGAGUAAAUUCUCAGUCGCCUCCUGUACCCGGGCGGCAAAACAGCCCGGCCACACCGGUGCCUGCAGGAGUUAAGGUUGGUCUGUUUCCGUAUCAUGUCCUGUGUUUUGGUCAGAUGGAUGCCCAAUAAAAAUCCAUGUUUCCAGCGGUUUAUUACCGAAAAUACUUGCUUCUAACCUGCUUAGGUAGUUCGUUACUCAUGGCAACUUAUUCUGGCAGUUUCUUUAACAAAUGGACGUGCAGGACAAAAAAGCAUAUAGAGACAAAGUAGUCAUUUUAGACAAAAUCUGACCAACUUCUCCCAUACAAGAUUUAUUUCGGCAAGCAACACUAACAUACUUCAUAUGAGAUUGUAACACUUUUGCUGAUAGUUUCUGUAUUUUGUUAGCCACCAGCACAACCAGCUCCCUCGCCACCUUCCCCUGUUGGAUGUAUCAGUGGCUCUCAGUGUAAAGUGAAGGUCUCACAGGUUGGUAGUGAACAUCUUUAUUGUUGUCCUAGAUCUGUAUUUUAUUUAGCGGCUUUUAAUCAAUACCGAAUGGACGGCGCUUACUGUUACUCCUCCUGUUUUGUAUUCUGUUUUUAGAAUAUGAUGACUCUUGCUCUGAAGGGAAGAGACGGGGCGAGUGGAAAACCUGGUUCGAAGGUUUGCAUUUUUAAGAGCUAUAAAAGGCUGAAUUGCUCAUAGCUUGUUGAUAGUGUGGUCCCAAAAGGGUGCACUUUUUGUCUCUUCCUCUCCCAGACUACUACGAGACCGAAUGAAACCUUCAGUUUUCAACCAUUCGCUGUUUUGAUAAUUAAUAGAUUUAGACAGGCCUUGAAUUUCCCUAAGGUUUACCUCCAUUUAGUUAAAUUUUACUGGCCUUCACUAUUCGAAAUAACCCGGCCAGGGAAUGGAAUGGUUCACUUAGAAUGAAUCCAGGAAAAAUCGUUAAUACAUGAGCGAUGUAUCGCACGCAGAGAUUCACACAGACGGAACAUACCGGCCAAGUUUCUCUGCCCGUAAGGAUUACACUUCUUUAAGUAUGGGUCUCCGCUUUUGCGCCUUCCUCUCACGACGUUCCCUAUGAGUUGCCCAACUACACUUGUGCAUAUUUGAACGUACGCAACAAGUCCAGCUAAACUGAUCGCGUGCUUUAAACCAUAGGGAGCCCAAGGAUCACCCGGACCUCCUGGACCAGCAGGACCUAAGGUGAGUGGAAUAGCUUUUACUUCCAUGUACAUGAAACAGGAAACAGUUUUCCCAAAGCACGAUAAUCGAGGACGCAAACUCAUACCAUGGGAUCGUAUUUUUUUAUUUUGGUGGUCGCACUUUUGGAUGAGAGUAUAAACAAACGACUUCAUAAUUUAGUAAAAUACACGUUCAAGUCCUCUUAGUCAAUGACGAUGUUAAAACUGCAUAUAUACAAUUAAUUAAUGACCAGAUCAGGAUUAGCAAGUAUAUCACAAUACUGAACGUGUUUUUUGUUCACUUUUUAUAUUAUAUUCUUUCUAAAAUCAUUUUAGGGCCCAAAUGGUGAACCAGGUGUCUGUGCACCAUCUCCGGUUAGUUUCUGUGGUGCCAUUUUUGUCUGUUUUAAUUUUUGUUCUCUCUGUUUUCCGUGCUGUUUUUACCAUUUUAGGCGUUAUUUCUAAAAUGCACACUUCUGCUUUAACUAACAAGCUUAUCCGGUACCUUUCCCAUCAGUUUCAGUGUUCUCCUGGCGUGAUAGCCACUCUUCAAAAAAAGAUCAUGGAGCUGGAAAAGAUGUGCAAGGUAUGUUCUUUGCAUACGCUUAGUGAGAUCUAACCUUCGUGAUUGAUACGUUUGCGUCGUGAAGCCAAAUCGAUCGUAAUCACAACGGAAAAUUAGAGUUAAGAAUUUUUGGGUUUACACAUCAGCGAAGGAAUAAUCACUGAAUAGAGGUGGAGCCAAGAUGGGUGCCAAGAUCCGUAUACUGACAUGAUACUACACUUAUUACCAACAGAAGGGCGGCUCAGGCGGACCUGGUCACCCGGACAAACCAAAGUGUGGCUUGGGAAGAUGGUAGGUUUAUGAUGCAAAAGUUCUUCCAUUUAUUAUUAGAAAUUAGGGAAAUGUUUAGCCCAUAAAGGUCUUCUUUACGUACACAUUUACAAGCAUCAAAAGUAUUUCUUAACCAUCGGCAAAUCUAAAGAAAUUUAGCAGUAAUAUUAAGUGACAACUUCACCUCUCGUGCCGCCAGAAACACUGGUGCAUCGACUAAUCUUGUAGAACAGGAGACUCGUCCCAAGCUUGCUGAAAUUAAGUGUCCCUCUUUAGCCUUAGUUUCUAGGGCAAUUCUGAACCCCCUUAGGUUGUUUCCUAGAUCAUUCCUGUCUCUAGAUGUCCGAACAGGAUCUCAAGAAACCCAAACAUCUUAAGUUAAAAAGCAAUUUAGGGACGUCAACCUUUGGAAUUAGGUUUGAUGGAAGAUUAAAAGUCUCUAGGCUAAUUCCUCUCUUGAAAGACAACAGAUCUAUGACUUAGACCAGCUGUGUGGUAUUUUCAGUGCUGAUAAUCCAGCGACCAACUGCCAGGAGAUAUACACAAAGGACCGUGGGGCUGUAAGCGGGGCUUAUUGGAUAAAGGGCAAAUCAAAACCCUUUCAGGUCAGUAAAAAAUUACAUUUGAACUGGUCCAUCUUGACCAUGUGUUAGGAUUGUGCGGCCAGUUUUACAACCAACAGGGAGGAACCUUUGACCACGUUCAUUUCCAUUUCAAUCGAACAGCUGAAGUAUGAUUUUCCUGAAUGUCAUAGCCGCACAAAUAUCAGCCAAUGACAUUUCUGAAUUUCGUUCAGCCCUUGAAGUGUGAAUUACAAAGAAGAGAAUGUCAUUCAGGGGAUGUGCUUCUCUUGCCUAAACAAAGCGAAACGGUCGGUAAAUUAUCGAUCAUCCACUUUUCUGAAUACUGUAAGUUGUAUCUAAAUUUCAGACCCACUGUGAGAUUGAACCAAUGGCGGUUCGUGGUUGGACUCUCGUUGCUCGGGUUCCGGGAAGUUCUAACGAGUUUUCUCCAGUCAGCAAUACCUGGGCAACCGACAGCGUCAUCAACGACGAAACUGCACCGGAUACCAACACUCAAAAAGUUAUGAAAAACGUGGGUUGGGCUGAUUUACGCAGUAAUAUUCUUCGAGUCUGCUUCGAUGGUCCGAAUACACAUUGUGCAACAUUCACGCACGAUCGUAACAUGUCUCUUGCGGAACUGUUUAAUAAUCAGUUUGGUGUGACUGUAGGUGAGAGAUACACAAUGGAUAAUUUAUCGCGCGUGUUUGGAAAGAGUUGCGAUCUGAGGCGCAUGGCAAAACAGUGGUGUGGCUUGAAUACUGCCAGUGUAUGCCACCCACAAGACAUCAACCCAAAUCUGAAUCCAACCAAUCAUAUUGCAAGGAUUGGCUGCCUAGGUGACCUGUUGAAGACUUGUGGACCGAACGAUUAUGCGCUUGGUAUCGGUGUAACAAGCUGUUAUGAUGGCUACGGAUGCUCUAAAGUUGGGCCGAUGACACCAAAUUUGCAUUACGCAUGCGUGCCGAGCUAUGGCGCGUUUAAUCAAACGUCAUUUCUCUAUGUCCUCUAGACUGAGGAGUUUUGUAUUCUGUUUGUUACAAAUGACAUCUCAUCGUUAGCGGACGCUUCAGGUUUGCCCAGUUAUUGCUGACGGGAUGGAAAUCAUCGCUAAAAAUAUCGUCUUUGGCAAAGCCGAAGGUAAAGAUUUUAUCUAAAAAAAUGACUACAAAUUCGCAGGAAAAUUACCCAAGUUAAACAGGGGGUAUACGGCGAAAGCGUCGAAAGUGAGUAGACCUGCUCACUUACAUUUAGGAUUUGUGAUCGGAUGAAUAAUGAACACUGUUCAUUUACUUGCAGACUCAUUGUGAAAUGAUUCGUGUGGAGCCAAAAGGAGACAUUCUCAAUCCAGAUAAACCGGCCACAGCGCUGGGAGGCUGGACCUUGGUAGCUCGGAUUAACGGUGGCAAAGACGAAUUUUCUCCCGUCAGUGAUAACUGGGCAAAUACAAAAACGUUCAAUGCUGAAAGUUCACCCGACACGACUCAAAAGACAUCGAUGAAAAACGAAGGCUGGUCAACAGUGACCUGUAACAAGAUACUGGUAUGCUUAUCAGGUCCCACAACAAGCUGCGCACCGUUCACUCACAACAAAAACAUGUCUCUGACACAUCUGUUCAAAACACAGUUUGGCGUUGUUCCAUCGGAGCAGUAUACCUUCGCCACUCUUUUAAAAGCUUUUGGUAAAAGUUGCGACUUGUCCGUUCUUAGGCAAGGCUGGUGUGGGUUAAAUUUAGCCAAUACCUGUAAUCCUCAGAAGGACAACCCUAACAUCACUCCUGUUAAGACAACCCAUAUUGCCAGGAUAGGUUGCAUUGGCGACCAACAGGCUACAUGCUUUCCUGAUGAUUUUGCUUUCGGUGUCGGAGUCAGCUCGUGCAAGGAUGGCUAUGGUUGCUCAGCGGUCGGAAAAUCAAAAAAUCUUCAUUAUCGUUGUAAUUACGUUCAUGGAACAUUGAUGGAGACCGCUUAUCUUUAUGUUCAAUAAUUGUUCUUCGCGCAAAUUUCGCGUGAGUUUCUAAUACGUGCGUGACUUGCUGAUAGUUGCGUUACAAAGGGAUAUUGAGGAUGGCGUGCUAGAAGUAGAAUUCUGAGCUUUAGCAAAUUCGCUUUUUUACCGCAACUCGAGGAAAUCUCAAUGGACACAACAGUUUUUGUAAAGAUAAAGUAGUUACAUAGCAAGUAAACGUUCUCAUAGAAUGUAUAUAUAUAUCGCAUAAUAAGCAGUGUUGAAUUCUCGUAGUUUCCAGUUUUAUAAAGACUUGUACUUUUUCACGUCAACGUCGUAUUGUCCGCAUG